GCAAUACCAUGUUCUCCCGCUCGUCUCUCGCCCGGCCCUUUGUGUGUGCGCGCUGCCUCCGCCACCAGCGCGUCGUGGCCCGUCGCACCUACGCCGCCAUCGCUGCGCUCCCGCACCGCAAGCUGCUUUCUCUUUCUGGGCCUGACGCGCCCAAGUUCCUGCAGGGCCUCACGACCAACAACGUCCCGAGCGCAGCGCAGAACCCGGGCGCCGGCGGCUGGUACACGGCAUUUCUGAACGCCCAGGGCCGCGUGCUGUACGAUGCUUUUGUCUAUCCGAACGCUCAUCUUAGCGGUGGUGACGGCAACGGAUGGGCCUGCUUCAUCGAGGUUGAUGCUAGCUGUUUGGAUGGGCUGAGAAUGCUGCUUAAGCGGCAUAAGUUGCGCAGUAAGGUCACUAUCGUACCAGUCGAGGACUGGGGCGUCUGGAGCGCGUGGCGCGAUAAUGGCGAUACUUCUAUCGACGUGGGCGCGGCAGACAACGCCAAAUUCAUCCACCUGGCCGACGAGCGCGUCCCCGCCUUCGGACACAGGCUCCUUCUGCCGCUGAGCGCCGCGUACCUCUCCUCGUCAUCUUCCUCGACAUCAUCUUCAUCAAUCACAGCAGCCAGCCCCCCGCCCAACCUCCCCCCGCAGUUCCAGGACCUACCCGUCGCCAUGCCCGGCGCAUACGCCGUGCGGCGGUACCUGAACGGGCUGGCGGAGGGCCCCGCAGAGAUGCGGCCGGGCGAGGCACUGCCUCUCGAGAGCAACGUUGACGUAAUGCGUGGAGUGGAUUUCCGCAAGGGAUGCUACGUCGGACAGGAGCUGACGAUUCGGACGAAGCAUACGGGAGUGGUUAGGAAGCGGAUCUUGCCCGUGCGACUAUACGAUUUGGCUGGGGAGGAGCCGCAGACGCUGGAGUUUGAUGGAGAGGAGGCGAAGUGCGUGGCGGGCCUGGUGCCACCUGCAGCGGAUAUCAUGAAGGUUGCGGGUGCGGAUGGGGAGAACACAGGCGGCCCGAAGAAGGGUAGGAGUGCGGGGAGGUGGCUUGAUGGUGUUGGGAACGUGGGGCUGGCAUUGUGCAGGCUGGAGAUGAUGACGGAUGUGAAGGUGGGCCCGGAACCCACAGCUGCGGGGGGGUAUAAACCCGGGAUGCGGUUUGCGAUGAAGUGGGUGCCGGAGGGGCAGGAGGCGGAGAGGAGCAUGGGCGUUAAGGCGUUUGUGCCGGAAUGGCAUCAGCGGAGGAUGGAUGAGGAGGCGGAGUUGAAAGGGAAGAGAAAGAAUGCAGUUCAGAAUAUUUGAGCUGGGGUAGAGUGAGAACGACGGUCAGGCAUUUGUAGAAGAGCAGACUAUUCACUUAUAACAUAUAGUGUACAGUGUUUAGUGGAAAAGCAGAUACCAGCUCCAAGCAAAUGCCACAAAAACCUCGCUGAGCCAACCAUCUAGGCUUUUCCCCCCAAAAGUCAUUGCUCACUGAAACAUAGAGCUAGGAUCCUUCUUCCACUCAUCCAACAAAACUUGGCACUCGACCCUCGCGUCCUCGACAAUGCCAUCCAUCUUGAUAUCGUUCUUGUCAUAGCCAAACGGAUCCUCCAGCUG